ACACAUGGUGAUUCGUCUGAAAAAAAUCUGUGAUUCAUCUGUACUUAUUAAUUUUUUUAAUUGAACAAAGCUCUAAGUUACUUACAUACGUUUACUGUAACAAGAUUGCUUAUUGCAGCUUGCACUUUGCAGUCAAAUUUUUUAUGAGCAGCGCUGCUAAACGUGAACUCUGCGCACUAAAAAUGACAACCUCAUAACUAGUUACACGCGGGGAAAAAACACGUGUGUUAAGUCAAAGCUUUUUUAAAACUACGAAUUAUUUUAGUGUAAGAUAACUUUAAAAUUUUUAUUGAAAAUAAUCAAAAUGGCAAGGAAAAAAUCGAGUAAAAAAUUUCAAAAUGACCAAGUGGAAGAAAUGAUUCAAAAAAGUGCCCAGCAUAAGAAAUUCAAAGCGAAAGACAAAAAAAUAUCUUUUAAAAAAAUUAAAGAAUUAUGUCAAGUGCCCAAAUCAUGUCCAUUCAGAGCAAGUAUUUUAGAAGAAGCAGCUAUAAAUUGUUCUCCAACGAUGGUACAAAAAUUAAAACAUACUCAACCCUUCAUUAAAGAGUUUAAAAAAGUGGUUGAAGAAGCAGAUGUAGUGCUAGAAGUAGUAGAUGCUAGAGAUCCUCUAGGAACUCGAUGUUCCCAAGUGGAAGAGGUAGUUGCACAAAUGAAUAAGCGACUUGUUGUCGUUAUAAAUAAAGCAGAUCUAAUCUCUAGAGAAAAUUUAACCAGUUGGUUGAAAUAUUUUAAAAAAAAUCUUCCAACUGUACCCUUCAAGAGUUCUACUCAUAGUCACUCACGAAAACUUGGUAAAAAAAAACAAGGAAAUAUACGCCAAGAAACUUUACAAAGUAGCACUUGUUUUGGAGCAGAAUUACUUCUGCAUCUGCUUGAAAAUUACUGUCAUAAUGCUGGCGAUACUAAAGCCUGUAUUCGUGUAGGUGUUGUUGGUCUGCCCAAUGUUGGAAAAUCUAGUGUUUUAAAUUCACUUAGAAAAAGUAAGGCUUACAAUACUGGAAAUGCCCACGGAGUUACAAAGUCAAUGCAAAUUGUUCAACCUGACUCUAAAAUAAAAUUAUUAGAUUGUCCUGGAACAGCAUUUGAAAGCAAUGACUCCAACGAUGCAACUACAGCAUUGAAAAAUGCAGUAACGAUAGAUACCCUGGAAGACCCAAUUACCCCUGCCAGUGUGGUUUUACAAAAAGUAUCAUUACCUCUAUUAAUGGAACUUUAUAAAAUUGAUGAAUUCAAAAGUCCAGAUGAAUUCCUUGCAAAAAAAGCCAUGAAUAUGGGUAAAUUGAAGAAGGGAGGUGUCCCUGACAUUGCAGCUGCAGCACGCAGUAUUCUGACUGAUUGGAAUUCAGGUAAAAUCAAGUAUUGUUCUACACCUCCUGAAGACAAAGACUCGCAUGUAUCAGCUACAAUUCUGACUACAUCCAAAGAAGAGUUCAAUAUUGAAAUGUUUGAAGAUAGUGAAAAAAUUGUAUUAGACAGCAUUUCAGGAAUAGGCAGUAAUGUAAUGGAUAUUUCAUAGUUUUGUAUUUAAAUAAA